UGUGAGAAGGCUCUGCUUGUCAGUCAGACUUUGAACAGUGCACUGGCGCCGCUCAUCACUGCUAAUCUCCGGCCGCUGCUUGUCAUCAACGACGCUGUUACUGACAGUUACCACCGACCAGCUUUAAAAAAAAAAAAAAAAGAUUAAGAUGAACAGUUGUUGAGAUAAGACAGGAAACCCGAGGGCAACACCGUAGGGACCGAGCGGAGAUUAAACGUUAGCUAACGUUACGACGUUUAACAUUACUCGGGAGUUGCGAUGGUCCAGUUAAGGGAUAUUUUUCUAGCCUUGCUUCUUGUGGGCUAUACAGUUUCACUGGAAGUGGAGAUCACACCGAGUCACGGGGAGAUUAGUCUUGGAGAGUCCAAAUUCUUCAUGUGUGAAGCCGAUGCCGCUGCCAGGCACAUAGACUGGUUUGGACCGAGUGGGGACAGGAUAGAACCGAACCGACCAGACAUAACAGUAACCCGUAACGAUGAUUCAUCUUCCACCCUCACACUGUAUAAAGCUGGGACUGAACAUGCAGGGACAUACAAGUGUGUCGCUAGCGGUGGAGACCAACAAGCGGAGUCAACCGUCAAAGUGAAAAUCUUCCAAAAAAUCACCUUUACAAACGCACCCUCACCCCAAGAGUUCACUGAAGGAGACAAUGCCAACAUUGUUUGUGACGUCAUCAGUUCGCCUCCACCGACUGUCUUCUGGAAAUAUAAAGGAGCAAAAAUACAGAUGGAAAAAGAUGUUCGCUUUAAGGUACUGAGCAACAAUCACCUUCAAAUCCGUGGCAUAAAGAAGACCGAUGAGGGCUCCUAUACCUGCGAGGGUCGCCUCAUGGCCCGCGGCGAGAUUGAUCUGCGGGUCAUCAAGGUCGUUGUGAACGUGCUCCCGACCAUCAGGGUAUGGCAGUCCGAGGUGAAUGCCACAGCAGAUGUUGGCCAGGCUGCCAUGUUGACUUGUGCUGUUGAUGGCUAUCCUGAACCCAUGGUGACAUGGACAAGGAAUGGAGUGGUCCUCGAGGCAGGAGAGAAGUACAGCUUUAAUGAUGAUGGCUCCGAAAUGACAUUAAUGGAUGUUGCCAAGCUGGAUGAAGGAGAGUACACCUGCAUUGCCAAAAACAAGGCCGGGGAAAGUGAGCAGGAACUCAGUCUGAGAGUGUUUGUCAAACCUAAGAUCACGUACAUCGAAAACCAGAGCACUUCAGAGAUGGAGGAACAGGUAACUCUGACUUGCGAGGCAUUAGGAGAUCCAACUCCCACCAUCAGCUGGAGUUCUGGUGAGCGCGUCUUCACCGAAGGAGAGCAGGCACAUCUAAACAGGAUCUAUCAGGCAUCAUGGACUCGGCCCGAGCAACACAAGAGUCUGGAUGGAAGUGUAGUGGUGAGGAGUGAUGCUCGUGUGUCCUCUCUCACUCUGAAGUAUGUCAAGUAUACAGACGCGGGUCAGUACCUCUGCUCAGCACGCAGUGCCAUUGGAGAGGAUGCUCAGCCGGCAUAUCUGGAGGUCCGCUAUGCCCCUAAGAUCACCGGUGCAGUGGCAGUGUACACCUGGGAGGGAAAUGCUGUUAAUAUCAGCUGCGAGGUCAAGGCUCAUCCCAGUGAGGUAUCUAUUGUGUGGCUGAGAGAUGGACUGCAGCUCCCCAACUCAAACGCCACCAACAUUAAGAUCUUCAGAAGCCCAUCGGCCAGCUACCUGCAGAUAACCCCCGAGUCAGAAAAUGACUUCGGGAGCUACAACUGCACCGCUUCAAAUGAGAUGGGUACAGAGUCCAAGGAGUUCCUGCUCAUUCAGGCCGAGGUGCCAUCGGCUCCAUCCGUCAGUGAGGUGAGACCCUUCUCCACCACGGCACAGAUCCAGUUUGAGGAGCCAGAAUCCACCGGGGGUGUUAGUGUUCUCAAAUACCGAGCGGAGUGGAGGACUCAGGGCAGGGGCAACUGGGUGCACCGGGUCUAUGAAGUCCAAGACGGCUACACCAGCGAGAUGACUAUCACAGGCCUGAAGCCAGAGACCAGCUACGAACUGAAGUUGUCAGCCAUCAACGGCAAGGGUGAAGGAGAAAGCAGCCCCGCGGAGUUCUUCAAGACGGAGCCUGUUCGCCAUACUUACGAGAACGGCAUUUAUAAUUUUUUCACUGAAGACACAGAAGGGAAUCCCAAUCCUCCUAAACUCGAAGGGGCACUUCAACCCAAAGGCAACUCCGUCAAAGUCAGCUGGAUCAAGCAGGACGACGGCGGCUCGCCCAUCUUACAUUAUCUUAUCCGCUAUAAACCAAUACAGGUGUCGGAGUGGAAACCAGAAAUCCGACUGCCCAGCGGCAGUGACUACGUGGUUCUCAGCGGGUUAGAGUGGGACACUGAGUACAAUGUCUAUGUGGUGGCAGAGAAUCAGAAGGGCAAGUCCCAGCCAGCUACCAUGUCCUUCAGGACCUCCACAGAGCCAGAGGCCAUCCAAGAUUUGGGUGAAGAGGCCGCGUUCUCCAUGGGCACCAUGCUCUGGGCAGGGAUCCUUGUCGUAGUAUUUGUAUUCCUGCUGCUGGCUGUGGAUGUCACCUGUUUCUUUGUCAACAAAUGUGGCCUCAUCAUGUGCCUCUGCGGUAAAUCAGGCACAGGGACCAAAGGGCACAACUUGGAGGAGGGCAAGGCAGCCUUCAUGAAAGAUGAGUCCAAAGAGCCAAUAGUGGAAGUCAGAACAGAGGACGAGUGCACAGCCAAUCAUAACGCAGCAGGACCAACCGAACCCAAUGAAACCACACCUCUCACAGAGCCAGAGCUGGCGGCUUACACUGCUGCUCUGGCACUGGACACCCUCUCCUCCAUAGCCACCAACUCUGACACAGCCACUGCAACCCUUGACCCCGCUCAGGACAGCCCCUCUAGCGAGACCACUACCCUCACUUGUAGCCUGUCUACCCCGGCCAACGACCCCUCACCCACUCCGGUCCUGGCCCCAGCCCCGACUCCAGAGUCAAACACUGCCCCGCCGACUCCCCUCAUCUUCACCUCAGCCGUCGAAGCUAAAAUGGCCCCGUUAGUAGAACAAAGAGGAAGUAUCACCCCAGAAGAACAGGAGAAAAUAACCACUCCUCCUAGUACCCCUGAAUGGACUAAAGCUAAAAAAUCGGGGACACCCAUACCACCGAAGCGUAGACACUCACCUAAACUUGCCGCGCUGAAUGCUAAAGGUAGCCCGCCUGUAUCUCCACUGGCUGCGUCUUCCUCAUCGUCCUCUCCCAAACCUGACACCAAGAAACCUGCCCCCAGGCCGCCGGUCAAUAAGCUCCCCAUACAGCCACACGUAGUAGACUCAGACACAGAGACGCCAGCACAAACGGCCACCACUCUAGCAACCACUGUCCCUCCAAAACCAGACCCUGAUUCAAAGACCCCAGAUCCUAGUGGGUGUAGCCUUACUCCCUUUGACACUAAUAGUGGACCCGCUGACAAAGCUGUUGAUGAUAACACUGACAAAGGUGGUCCAACUAGUUCUCCUUCAGUGAUCCACAGUGCUCCUAAAGUCCAGGAAGUUGAAGAAUCUGCUCCUCUAGUUGCUGAAGUCCCCUCGCCGUUACCUGUUACUCCUAUUCCUUCUUACCCUGCCCCCGCCACUGUUGAGGCGCCGGUUUCAAAUGAUCUCCUCACAUCGCCGUCAGACACGUACAACUUGCAAACCUGUGACGUGGGGCCCAAUAGUGUGGAUUUCGAGUUAGAGUUGACUAACGGGACAGAAAGACCCUCCUGGACCCCCGCUGACCUUAUUAGCUUAGAGAGCCCGCCCUCUGCCCCCUCUCUGCCCAAUGGAGACAGAGGAGACCUCCCCCCCUCAGGCCCAGUUCUGGAGGCGUCAGAGACUCUGGCCAAGACUGCUCCUCCUGUCAACGAUGAGAAGACUUUUUCUGAUGAGAAAGGCAAACUGGAGGAGGCCGACUUAUCAAACGUCCUGACGGAGAUCGCUGCAGAACACAACAGUGUCAUACAGACAAAAACCACCGAGAGCAAAGCAUGAUGGGCCGGGGAAACCCCAGCCCAAUCUGAAACAUUUUGCAGCAGCAAAGAGCUAGAAACACUGCAGGAGUUUUGUUUUCCAGUGCCCUUAACUACAUAUUCAAAACAACAUACACACACACACACACACACACACACACACACAC